ACUUUUGUUGACAGAGGUGAAGCAGUAGGAAGAGGCUUUGAUAUGGACAAGUACUUCAGUCUUGCUCGGCAUGGGGUAACCAGAUUGCCCCCUGGUUUCCGCUUCCAGCCCACAGAUGAAGAGCUCGUCUUCCAGUACUUGAAAUGCAAGGUGUCCUCACUCCCAUUGCCUGCUUCAAUCAUUCCUGAGACCAAUGUUUACAAGUAUGAUCCUUGGGAUUUGCCAGGUGAAUUGGAGCAAGAAAGGUACUUUUUCAGCCUUAAGGAACUGAAAUAUCGAAAUGGGAACCAAACCAAACGAACAACUAAUUCUGGUUAUUGGAAGUCAACCGGCUCAGACAAAAAAAUUGUUUCUUCGAGAAGGAAUCAUAUGAUGGGAAUGAGAAAGACCCUGGUUUUCUAUACAGGGAAGUCCCCCCAAAGAUUUAGAACAGAGUGGAUCAUGCAUGAAUAUCGUCUUGUCAAUGCAGAAACUACAGCUUCCAUUUCCCCACAGAUAGAUAACUCAAAGCAGGAUUCUUUAGCUGAAGUGGAAAAUUGGGUUCUCUGUCGCAUAUUUUUGAAGAAGGGAAGUAUGAAAGACAAUAACGUGAUUAUUCAGACAAGCACAGAAAACAAAGUUAAGGAUGUCGGAAUGGCACAGCCUAGAUUCUUCGAUUUUAUGAUGGCAAACAAGACCAAUCUGGCUCUUGAUUCUUCGAGUUCUUCGUCGUCUUCGAGUUCCAGUAGUGUCACCGAGGUCUCUUCAAGUGGAGCAGAACAUGAAGAAGGCAGCGCCUGGAGCAGUUGUUGAUCAUUUCCUAGAAAAGAGCAAGCAACUAUUCUUCUUCAUUGAUUUGUGUUUUCUAUACCAAUUAAAGGAAGUUGAUCUUGAUGAAGAGAAAAACAAAAAAAGGAAAAAAAAAAACUCCGCAAAAACAAGUACUUCAAGGGAUGAGAGAUUGGUGGAUGUAAGAAAUGGCCUUUGGCCAUUGAACUUGUAAAAACGAAGCUAAUUUCUUUUACUGUUUAUCUAAACAAGUUCUUAGCAUGGUAAUGACUUUAUUGCU